CUGAUUAAUAAAAAAAUAUGUAAGUUGCUCUUCUCUUGAAACCAGACUUCCACUCGGCACUCAUUCGGCACUCAUUCGGCCAUACGCCCGCCAAUGCUAAGCAUCAAGGGGGCGGAGUCCGGGGUCCCGAACCGGGCCUUCCGACGGGGGCGAACCAAGCCCCGGGUACCGACUGUGGGUGGCUCUGCUAAAUAUAGCUCUUGGCUGUUCGUUCUCAUGAUGGUCCGUCCAUACGUGUAUGGUGGUGAGUACAAACCUCCAAAGUUCAAUCGUGGCCACAAAAGAAGACGGCCACACCGCGGCAUCACCCAUGAUGGAGUGACUACGGCAAUGGACUCCACUGCGCGAAACAAUCUCUUUCCCCUUGCCUGCCCCUCGACGUCCUGCUCCCGAGGAGAUACCAUCGCAGUUCCGGAGACUCACUGCUUGCUCGUUCUUCGACCAAUGCCGAGGAGGCAAUCCCAGGCUUGUUUAACGUGUUGUUACGCCGCCGCGGUGGGCAAGGGAGUCAUACAGAGACCGUUACAGGGCUUGGGGGCCGUCCGCCUGCGUGGCAACUAUACCCCUACUGUAGACCGCAGGGGGCCCGGAUCCGGACCAGACACGCGGAUUCGGCUCGCAACGGCGAUACCCUCUCCGCGGUCUCUGUCAAGUGAGCGGAGGCGCUUCGAGAAGCAAACCAACAAGCCCUCGCUCCGUACAUACAGGUACCAAUGCCAAGAUACUUCGCAGAGGAAGGCGACCGGGAGAGUAAGAGCCGUUUUUCCUUUCCAGCAGACGGCGGCGCCGCAUCCCCACUGUCUCCUCAGCAUGCCACGACAGUGCCCAGCUCCCAAGUCAGGAAGUUCACCACUGCAGAUCCACGGAUACACGGGGGCUGGGAGGCAGUUGAAAGUAUACACAGCAGUCGAGACAGAAACAGAAAGCAGCAGCAUCACCCCAUCCAUUGGCCGUCUAUGGGGACGAGUUGCGGAUUUGCUGAGAGCGUUGGAACGUUGCCUCAACUCAAGACGUCCACACAUCUUUCCCGUCUCGCAAUAUGUUCGCCCCUGUCUACCAGGGCUCCCCGACAAAGCCCCGGUGAGGAGACAGCGCGGGAGAGAGAAGCGUUCAAUGCAGGCUUUUUGUUGGUUCUUGUUCGAAGAGGAAAGAACACGCCCGAGUCACACACCGGUCCUUACACUACAUCGGCCGGACUUGGCCGAUCUAACCAGGGCGGGUGCUUGCUUGGUAUGUAAGUGUUAAUGAUAUUGAAGGGGGACCAAGAUCCUGCUGUGACUUCGGAUGUGGUGCAUGUGUCUGGCUACCUACGCAGCUAACUAAACAAACCAGAGUGUAAUGUCCCACCAAUGAUGUUAUGUUGGAAGCAACUCCGGCUCACAGUAGACUGUUCGAGAAACUGCGCCAGCCUGCCGACCGGCAACCUCGUCACUCCGUCUACUGUG